AUGGUGCUGCUGGUUGCACCGGUGAUGCUGCUGCGGGUGGUGCUGCUGGUUGCACUGGUGGCGAUGCUGCAGCUGGUGCUGCUGCGCGUGGAGCUGCUGGAUGCACUGGUGGUGCUGAUGCAGCUGGUGCUGCUGCGCGCGGAGCGCUGGCUCCUCGACAUCGCAGACAUCCUGCUUGGCUACGACAACAGUGGCUACGACAACAGUGGCUACGACAAGGGCUACGACAGAGGCUACGACAAGGGCUACGACAAAGGCUACGACAAGGGCUACGACACGGGCUACGACAGCGAUGGCAAGGGCGACGACGACGGUGGCAAGGGUUACGACGAUGGCAAGGGCAAGGGCUACGACGGUGGCAAGGGCAAGGGUUACGACAGUGGCAAGGGCCGCGAGAAUGGCGGCAGCGGCAAGGGCCGCGACAAAGACGGCGACAGCGACAAGGGCCACAUCAGGCUGGCGAAGGAGCAGCGUGACGGGCUGCAGGACAUGAUGUCGGACAGCGGCAAAGGCUACGACGGCGGCAAGGGCAGCGACGGCGGCAAAGGCUACGACGGCAGCAAGGGCUUCGACAAAGGCUACGACGGCGGCAAGGGCAGCGACAAAGGCUACGACCCGUACGGCAGCUCGAGCACGGGCUACGACGCGGUCUACGACACGGGCUACGUCAAUGGCUACGACAAGGGCUACGACAAGGGCUACGAAAAGGGCUACGACGAUGGCAAGGGUGCUGAUGGCAUCGAUCGCGGCGGUACAAGCUACGACGGUGGCGCGGGCAUCGACGACGAGGCCAUGGGCUACUACGACGGUGGCAAGGGCUACGAUGGUAGCAAGGGCAGCACCGACGGUGACAAGGUCUACGACGGUGGCCAGGGCUACGACGAUGGAGAGGGCUACAACGGUGGCAAGAGCAUUAACGACGGUGGUAAGGGCAAGGCGACGGCCCUCGACAGCGGCGGGGGCUACGAUGGCGGCAAGGGCCCCGACGAGGGCAAGGGCAUGAGCAUGGGCAGGGGCGCCGAUGUGCUGGUGGCCGUGCUGGUGGUCGUGCUGGUGGUUGUGCUGGUCGUCGUGCUGGCGGAUGUGCUGGUGGUCGUGCUGGUGGUUGGUAGUGGUUGUGCUGGUGGUUGUGCUGGUGGUCGUGCUGCUGGUUGUGCUGGUUGUCGUGCUGGUGGUUGGUUGCGCUGGCUGGUCGUGCUGGUGGUCGUGCUGGUGGCCCUGCUGGUGGUCCUGCUGGUGGUCCUGCUGGUGGUUGUGCUGGUGGUUGUGCUGGUGGUUGUGCUGGUGGUGGUCGCGAGCCUGCUGGCGCAGCUGCCUUGCGGCACGGACACCUUUGACCGCAUACCUGAGCCCACGGUGCCAGAUAGGCGCGCCAGCGUUGGAGUACAUGUGGCUGGUGAGGCGGUCAUGCUGCCAGCGCUGCACGCCUUGCACCAAGAAAGGUCGCAGAUCAGCAGGGCACACGCGGUGCAGGUCAUACUUGUUGCCCAGGAGAAGCUCGCUUACCUCUGGUUGAGGAAUAUGCGCAAGUUCGCGCCUGAGAUACACGCUCGGGCGGUGCAUCUGAAUCAGCUGGAUGGCUUCAGGAUGCGCCACGAGCGCAGGCGGGGCGAGAGGCUCGCGGGCGCCACCUCCUCCAGCAGCGACAGCACCGACUCCUCCAGUGACGACGCGAGGGACGUCAGGUUCAUCGGCCUCUCGGACCCGACGCGCGGGCACGAGCUGGACGGCGCCCUGGCGGCGGCGCCGCCCGCGGCGUCGCCGGCGCUGGCGGGAGCGGCGCGCAGAGGCGACGGGCGCUCGCCCAACAAGCGGCCGCGCCUCGACGGCGGGCGCGCGGCCGACGGGGCCGCGGGAUCGCCGCCCCUCCCUGCAGGGCAGGAGGCCGGCGUCGGAGGAGUCGCGGUCGCAGGAGGCCCUGGCUGA